CGCAAAAGCUCCACGACGCCCUCUCCCAAGAAGGUUCCACGCUUUUGUCCCGCAGCCUCGUCGUAGGGAGGAAGAAAGGGGGAGCGCAGGCGCAGCUCCCAGGCAUUUUCAAAGCGUCGCUUCCUUGUCGCCUCUGAAAAUGACUGCCCUUGCGACCACAUCAACCUCCGCCCUCUCAAGCAAGCUCCUGCAGAGCUCCAUCCAGUUGCAGGCCCGUACAAAAAGCGUUGCUUGCCCUGCGCUUAUCUCAUCUUCAUUCCUCGCCACCAAAAGUGUGCAGAGUCUGAGGUCAUUGGGGCGUCCGAAGAGCGCUUCUCGCAGCUUCAACAGCCGAUCAGCCGUCCGAGCAGGCACUUCCGGUGUUGACGACCUGUCUGAUUCCAUGAAGAGCUUUUUAUCUGCAUUCGGGGGGAAGAGUAGCGGCCCCCAGGAGAUUGCUCCGGAGGCUCAGGAGCCUGAUACAGACAUCCCCGCACCUGGAAACAAGUUUGCGCAGUUUGGUGCGGGGUGCUUCUGGGGUGUUGAAUUGGCGUACCAGAGAGUGCCUGGGGUUAGCAAGACCUGGGUGGGUUACACGCAGGGCGCCACACAUAACCCGUCAUACAGGGAAGUCUGCAAUGGGGACACCGGCCACUCUGAGGUUGUGAGGGUGGAGUUCGACCCCAAGGAGUGCACAUAUGGCAACUUGUUGGACGUGUUCUGGAGCAGGCACGACCCGACUACCCUGAACAGACAGGGUGGUGAUGUUGGAACUCAAUACCGGUCCGGCAUCUACACCUAUGACGACCAACAAGAGCAAGAAGCAAAGGAGUCGUUGGCCAAGCAUCAGCAGAAGAUGAAUCGGAAGAUAGUCACUGAGAUUCUCCCUGCAAAGCGGUUCUAUAAGGCAGAGGAGUACCAUCAGCAAUACCUGUCUAAAGGAGGACGGAUGGGGAUGGCUCAGUCACCAGCCAAGGGGUGCAAUGACCCCAUCAGGUGCUAUGGUUAGAUCAGUGAAAGACUGUCUGCUUGCGAGGCAGUGGUGAUACUUUCAUGUACAAUAUCUGUUGCGCGCAAAUGUAGAGUUGCGCAUCAUUGUAGAGAGCUGUAUUGACCAAAGCGAGGAACGCGAGUGGCUUUUGAACACAAAGAGGAUCCUCUUUUGGAAUCAUUGCCGAUUGGUUUUAAACCGCCAGCGUCUACUUGAAGCUAUGAGAUUUGAUUACUGUGUGC